AUUAAUAUUAGUCAAAUCAAAUGCAUAUGUUUGUAUGUAAGACGCUCUUUAUUUGGAAUUUUUAUUUGGGAAUAGACAAAACUCGUUUAUUUUCUACUUUUUAAGUUACCAGUUAUUUGUUUAUUUAACGGCUCACGCAAUGCCUAAUUGGCAUACUCCUGGGUACAAUCGUUAUGCAUAUAUCCACAUCAAAAGCCAUGCCUUUGAAGAAUUAUUCUAAAUUCAGUUUAUUAUCAUCAUGUCCAGCUUUUGGUUAUUCACUUUAUUGGCUCUUAGCACGGUUAAUGCAGCGAAACAAGAACCAAUAACUGUGGCCAAAAUUGCCUGCCACAUAGCUUUGAAUCAGUCCGCACAGAUUACUUAUAUCUACCGAUGUGUUACUUGCCCAUUAUCUGUUGAAUAUAAAGAACAAGAAUUGGAACUUAAUCAAUGUAUUGGCAGUCAAUUGCCAGUCAUAACCCGAAGUAUAGAGAUCCAUGAGCUAGAGCCAAUGCGUCAAACGGAUAGCAUGAAUAUCUUUCACAUACCAAAAGGACAUUCAGGAGAAUUCUUAGUUCGUCGCAUAAUAAACAUGCUUAAUCCUCGACAGCCGCGCAAACACAUGCAUAAGUAUCUAUUCCUCUGGCCGGAGGCAUCGUUGGAUCAAGUGCAGCAAUUGUUUGAAGAUUUUUGGUUUACCAAGCACAUGUUGUACGGUUUGGUCAUAAUUAAUCCAAAGAAUAUCUACGAUUUUCAGCCAUUUAAAAAUACGAUAAGGCUAAAAUUGAUCUACAAAUCAGUUUAUUUCAUAGAUAAAUUGAGGAACUUGCAUGGCUCUCAGCUAAGAUUUUCCAUGUUCAGUGAUCCAUUGAUGGCUAUACCAUUGGAACCGGUUACCCAGGCGGGUUUCACAGCCCUCGAUGGAACGGCAGCCAAAGUAUUGGCCCAACUCUUAAAUGCCACAGCCAUUUACCUAAUACCCCAGGAUAAUGAAACCUAUGGCCGUUGUCUACCCAAUGGAAAUUUUACCGGAGUCGUCAAGGAUCUUAUAGAGGGACGAACAGAUUUUGCACCAAAUUCUCGUUUUGUUCUCGAUUGCAUUUGGCCGCAUGUGGAAGUUUUGUAUCCCCAUACCCGAAGGAUUAUAUAUUUGGUUGUGCCAGCAGCUGGACUGAAACCGGAAUAUCUGAUAUUCAUACGAACUUUUCGUCCUGCCGUCUGGCUGUUGUUCUUUGUCAAUUUCCUGCUGGUUUUUCUAAUAUUUUGGCUGCUACAGCAUCUGCUAGGCAGAAUACCAAGACCAGUUAAUCCCUGGAAAUGGUAUGAAAUAAUGGCCAUGUUUGCCAAGACACAUUUGGGUGAACCUGUCACGGGAUUUGCCCAGAUCAGCUCUUUGCGUGCAUUUCUUAUGGCUUGGAUACUCUUUAGCUAUGUCCUUACCUCGAUUUAUUUCGCCAAACUGGAAAGUGCAUUUGUUCAUCCCACCUAUGAGGCACCGUUGGAUAAACUGGAUGAUCUGAGUCGUUAUAAAAGUAAUCUGAAAGUUUAUGCUGUUGUCACAAUGUUUGAGGCUGUUCAAUCAACGCUUUCGGCAAAACAUUAUCAACUGAUUACCCAAAGAAGUCGUCAGUUGCCUUUGGGACUGACUUCCUCGUAUUAUCAAUUGGCCGUUAGUCGUUGGAAACCUGGUCGGGCUGCAUUUAUUAUGAGAGAUUUUCAUGCUCGCGAUUUUCUGACUCACACCUAUAAUUCGCAGGAGGAUCGUCCUUCGUAUCACAUAGUGAAAGAGUAUUUAAGAUCCAUGCUAUGCACUUAUAUUCUACCAAAAGGUUCACCUUUUCUCUAUAAAUUUCAAUCCAUUUUCACGGGAUUUCAUGAGCACGGUUUCUUCGAACAUUGGCGACAAAUGGAUGUAAUUCAUCGCACUGGCACUUCAUCGCAGGCGGAGGAAUACUAUGAGGGGUUGGGUGAAUCUGAUACAGACAGAGAUCCCUCUGCCUCAGCGGUAGCAGAUAUAAGGACAAAGAAAAAAGUGGUUUUGACUUUGGAAAUUUUACAGGGUGCUUUCUAUUUAUGGUCUGUUGGCAUUUUGCUCAGUGUGGUGGGAUUUAUAAUCGAGCAUGGUUAUUACUGGUGGAAGCAAUAUACAAAACAAGAUGUUAAUCAAUAAAACGGCAAAUAAAUGUUAGACCAACAAGCCCAA